AUGGCUUAUUGUAUUAGGUUUAUUAAAAACUGCAAGAAGCAGAAGAAUGUUGGACCGCUGACAGUAACCGAAUUACAGGAAUCAUUACACCAUAUUGUUAAAAUCGUUCAAAAACAAAAUUUUGAAAACAUUCUCAAAUAUUUGAACAGCGGGUCUGCUAGUACAAAAAUAGAUAAACAGAUUUUAAGUUUAAAUCCAUUUUUAGAUGACAAGAGUCUAUUACGCGUUGGGGGUCGAAUACAAAUGGCAAACAUAGAAUACGAACAAAAGUUUCCAUUGUUACUUCCAGCCGAUAAUCAUUUAACAAAUUUAAUUUUAAAACGAGAACAUGUACGUCUAUUGCAUGCCGGUCCACAGACCGUUCUAGCUAAUGUUAGACUGCAGUUUUGGCCAAUCAAAGGUAGAAUCGCAAUAAAACGUAUAAUCAAAAAUUGUGUGCGCUGUUUUCGGUUUAAUUGUACUAGCUCUCAGCAGAUAAUGGGAAAUCUACCAAUUGAACGAGUAACCAUAGCUCGUCCCUUUUUAAAUACCGGAGUAGACUAUGCAGGCCCAAUCAAUUUGCGUACAAGUCGGCUACGAAAAGCACCGCAAAUGAAGGGCUACAUAGCACUUUUUAUUUGUUUUAGUACAAAAGCCAUACAUCUGGAACUAGUUACCAGUCUGACAACCGACACAUUUAUAGCGGCCUUGAAACGUUUUAUCUCGCGCAGAGGCAAAUGCAGUCACAUUUUUUCUGACAAUGGUACAAAUUUCAUAGGCGCUAGGCAUGAGUUACAUAAACUGUAUAAUUUGUUUAAAAAUGAGCAUAGUAGAAAUGAGGUGAUUCACGCGGCUGCCGCAGAGGGCAUUGAGUGGAAAUUUAAUCCACCCCAUGCACCACACUUUGGUGGUUUGUGGGAAAGCACGGUAAAAUUAACUAAACAUCAUUUGCGAAGAGUAGUGGGAGAAACGUGUCUAACUUACGAAGAAUUUUCCACGGUUUUAACCCAAAUAGAAGCAAUAGUUAAUUCAAGGCCAAUUACAAGUGUUUUUGAUGGUAGUAAUGAACCGACGUUUUUAAGCCCCGGACAUUUUUUGAUAGGUGAAGCACUUACCGCAUUUCCGGAACCCAGCUUAAUCGACGUAACGUUAAGUAGAUUAUCACUUUGGCAACAACUUAAUCAAUUAAAAGAUAAAUUUUGGAAACGUUGGUCCAUAGAGUAUCUCGGUCAGCUUCAGAGUCGUUACAAAUGGAAAACUUCCUCAAAAAAUUUAAAAGUAGACGACAUAGUUCUUUUAAAGGAAGAUAAUUUACCUCCAUUAAGCUGGUUACUGGGUCGCGUUAUAGGCACUGCAAUCGGCAAAGAUAAAAAUGUGAGAGUAGCUACAGUUAAAACAAAAAAUGGCAUAUUUAUAAGGCCAAUUGUUAAAUUGUGCCCUUUACCGGUAGGAGAUGUAGAAUAG